AUGGUGGAACAGCCAAUUAAAGACAUCUUGGGUCCUCCGAAGGCUUCAGAUCCCAUGAUGAUGGAAAAACGCAAUGACUGUGUAAUUAUAACGGUUCCGAGAGUCAAUGAAAACCAACUAACUGCAGCGACGGGUGGAGCUGAGCUUUCUUGUUAUCGCUGCACAAUACCUUUCGGAGUGGUUAUUCUUAUAGUAGGAGUUGUUGUCACAGCAGUGGCCUAUAGUUUCAACUCUCAUGGAUCAAUAAUCUCUGUUUUUGGGCUGGUCCUACUAUCUUUUGGACUUCUCCUGGUCUGCUCAAGUGCUCUGUGCUGGAAAAUUCGACAACGGAAUAAAAGGGCGAAAAGGAGAGAGAGCCAGACAGCGCUGGUGGCAAAUCAAAGGAGUUUAUUUGCUUGA